ACAUGGUGUAUUGCUGGUUUGAGUAGAACAAGAAACUAACAAACAUGAUUUUCUUACCAAUCAGUGUUAAUUAUUGUAAUUUUGUUACAGAAGAACGUCACGCGAGGCAAAUAUCCAACGCAGUACUUUUCGCAUGUCCCCACGAAGGCCUGUUCCCAGACAGUGUCAACUGCAAGACAUUUUACAAAUGUACGAUAAGGAAUAACCAAUACACAGUGUUACAAUACGAAUGCGGCAUUGGAAGAAUUUUUGAUGCGGAAAACGGUUUUUGCAAUUAUCCCCAAUUGACCAAAAGAUACGGAUGCAGAGGAUUGCAAUUUGGAAACGAACUGGAUGGUAUCUUCAAGCAAAUAAACGGCGUAUCGACGUGGAUUGCGUCACAAGUUAAGGAAGGUAGCAGUUAUUAUGAUUGGUCGAUUUGUACAAAGGAAGGUUUUCUGCCCGAUGCGACGAACUGCACCAAUUUUUAUAGAUGUGUCCAAGCGGCUAACAACAUAUUCAACUUAUACAAAUUCACGUGCUUUGGAAACACAGUCUGGGAUCAAGACUCGCUAACGUGCAAUCACCCCAUAGCGGUCAGAGGAAAUUGCGGGGUACAUAGUGAAAUAUUCAAAGUUAAUGCUCCCACCGUAAAUAAUCCGUCUAACUUCUACACUGACCGAAAUAACGCAGGCGCAAGCAGUAGUGCAGCCAGUGCCUCAAGCGCGGCAAGUUCGGCAAGUGCGGCCAGUUCUGCAGCGUCAAGUGCGGCCAGUUCUGCAGCGUCAAGUGCGGCCAGUUCGGCAGCGUCAAGUGCGGCCAGUUCUGCGGGAGCAUCGAGUGCUUCUAGUUCUUCUAGCUCAGCUAGCUCGUCCAGUUCGUCAAGUUCAUCCACCUCAUCAAGUUCAUCGAGUUCGUCCAGUUCAUCAUCGUCUUCAAGUAGUGGAAGUGGAACUGGCUCAGGUUCUGGAGGUGGGUCUGGAAAUAGCGGCGGUUCAGGCACAGGAGGCAGUAGCGGAACAGGUUCUGGAUCUGGUAGCGGAAACGGUCAAGGCUCUGGUAGCGGAAUUGGAAAUGGCAGCGGGUCUGGGAGUGGAAUUGGUAAUGGAAAUGGAUCCGGAUCUGGAAGCGGAAAUGGGUCAGGUACUGGGAGCAGUACAGGUCAAGGCAGUGGUUCCGGUAGCAGUUCUGGAACCGGUAGUGGUAGUGGUCAAGGAAGUGGAUCUGGAACGGGAAAUGGAACUGGUACAGGUACGGGCAGCGGAAACGGUGACGGUUCUGGAAGUGCAAUAGGGUCAGGAGCCGGGAGCAGCAAUAGCGAAGGAAGUGGGUCUGGAAUGGGAAGUGGUAGCAGCUCGGGGUCUGGACACGGCAGCGGAAGUGGAACUGGUUCAGGAAAUGGUAAUGGAAGUGGAUCGGGGUCUGGAAGUGGCGAUGGUAGCGGUUCAGGAAGUGGGACAGGAAUAGGUACAGGAAGCAACAACAGUCAAGGAAGCGGUUCCGGAACGGCUGUUGGAACUGGAUCAGGAUCUGGAGGCGGCAGUAGUAUCGGUACCGGCAGUGGCCAAGGCAACGGAUCGGGAUCAGGUAGUAGUAACGGAAACGGAUCAGGGUCUGGUAGUGGGUCAGCGAAUGGUGCUGGCAGCGGAACAGGGGAAGGAUCUGGCAAUGGACAUGGGUCUGGAUCAGGAAGUGGAUCCGGUACAGGAGAUGGCGCUGCCACAGGAACUGGAUCAGGUUCCGCAAGUGGUGAACCAGGACAGCAAGGCCAGCCUGGACAAUCUAGCCAACCUGCUCCAGGCCAAGCUAGCCAAAUCAGACACUGCCAGGCGGAAGGUUUCUUUCCUGAUAAAAAUAACUGUUCAAAGUUUUAUCGAUGCGUGAAAAGAGAAAACGGUUUUCUGGUCUAUGAAUUUACUUGCGGAGAUAAAACGGUGUGGGAUCAGGCGUCUCAAUCAUGCAAUCAUCCUUGGGCGGUGUAUGGAAAAUGCGGUACGGCAUCUGAACAGGGGCAACCCGGUCAACCUGGCCAGCAAGGACAACCCGGUCAACCUGGACAGCAAGGCCAACCAGGUCAACCCGGACAAUCUGGCCAACCAGGUCAACAAGGUCAGCCAGGACAACCUGGCCAACCAGGUGAACACGGUCAACCAGGUCAGCCAGGACAACCCGGCGAACCUGACCAGCCCGGUCAGGUCCAACCAGGACAACCCGGUCAACCUGGUCAACCCGGCCAAUCUGGACAACCAGGACAACCCGGUCAACCCGGCCAAUCUGGACAACCAGGCCAGCCCGGCCAACAGGGUCAACCAGGCCAGCCCGGCCAACAGGGUCAACCAGGACAACCCGGCCAAUCUAGCCAAACAGGUCUGCCAGGACAACCCGGACCACCAGGGCAACCCGCCCCAAGUCACACUAACCCAAUCAGACAUUGUCAUACAGAAGGUUUUUUCCCUGAUGAAAACAACUGUGCAAAGUUUUAUCGUUGCGUAAAAGGUGAAAACGCUUUUCUGGUGUAUGAAUUUACUUGCGGAGAUAAUACCGUAUGGGAUCAGGCCUCGCAAUCGUGCAAUCAUCCUUGGGCGGUGUAUGGAAAAUGCGGUACGGCAUCUGAACCAAAUCAAAGUGGACAACAGGGACAACCUGGUCAACCUAGCCAGCAAGGACAACCCGGUCUACCUGGCCAACCCGGUCAACAAGGUCUGCCAGGCCAACACGGCGAACCUGGCCAGCCCGGUCAGGGCCAACCAGGACAACCCGGUCAACCAGGUCAGCCAGGUCAAGGGCAGCCAGGGCAACCCGGACAACCUGGCCAACCAGGUCAACAAGGUCAGCCAGGUCAAGGGCAGCCAGAGCAAUCAGGACAACCCGCUCAACCUGGCCAACCAGGUCAACAAGGUCAGCCAGGACAACCCGGUCAACCUGGCCAACCCGGUCAAGGGCAGCAAGGACAACCCGGCCAACCAGGUCAACAAGGUCAGCCAGGACAACCCGGCCAACCUGGCCAGCCCGGUCAGGGCCAACCAGAACAACCCGGUCAACCUGGCCAACCAGGUCAACAAGGGCAGCAAGGACAACCCGGCCAACCCGGUCAACCUGGCCAACCAGGACAACCCGGUCAACCUGGCCAACCAGGACAACCCGGACCACCAGGACAACCCGCUCCAGGUCAAGCUAACCCAAUCAGACAUUGUCAUACAGAAGGUUUUUUCCCUGAUGAAAACAACUGUGCAAAGUUUUAUCGUUGCGUAAAAGGAGAAAACGCUUUUCUGGUGUAUGAGUUUACAUGCGGAGAUAAUACGGUAUGGGAUCAGGCCUCGCAAUCAUGUAAUCAUCCUUGGGCGGUGUAUGGAAAAUGCGGUACGGCAUCUGAACCAAAUCAAGGUGCACAACAGGAGCAACCAGGUCAACCUGGCCAGCAAGGGCAACCCGGUCAACCUGGCCAACCAGGACAGCCAGGUCAAGGGCAGCCAGGGCAACCAGGACAACCCGGUCAGCCAGGACAACCCGGCCAAUCUGGCCAACCAGGUCAACAAGGUCAGCCAGGACAACCCGGUCAACCGGGCCAACCAAGUCAGCCAGGACAACCCGGUCAAUCUGGCCAACCAGGUCAACAAGGUCAGCCAGGACAACCCGGUCAACCGGGCCAACCAGGUCAACAAGGUCAGCCCGGUCAAGGGCAGCCAGGGCAACCAGGACAACCCGGUCAACCUGGCCAACCAAGUCAGUCAGAACAACCCGGUCAACCUGGCCAACCAGGUCAACAAGGUCAGCCAGGUCAAGAACAGCCAGGGCAACCAGGACAACCCGGUCAACCUGGCCAACCAAGUCAGCCAGGACAACCCGGUCAACCUGGCCAAUCAGGUCAACAAGGUCAGCCAGGUCAAGGGCAACCAGGACAACCCGGCCAACCAGGACAACCCGGCCAACCAGGACAACCCGGUCAACCUGGCCAACCAAGUCAGACAGAACAACCCGGUCAACCUGGCCAACCAGGUCAACAAGGUCAGCCAGGUCAAGGGCAGCCGGGACAACCCGGUCAACCUGGCCAACCAAGUCAGCCAGGACAACCCGGUCAACAAGGUCAGCCAGGGCAACCAGGUCAACCUGGCCAAUCAGGACAACCCGGACCACCAGGGCAACCCGCUCCAGGCCAAGCUAACCCAAUCAGACAUUGUCAUACAGAAGGUUUUUUCCCUGAUGAAAACAACUGUGCAAAGUUUUAUCGUUGCGUAAAAGGAGAAAACGCUUUUCUGGUGUAUGAGUUUACAUGCGGAGAUAAUACGGUAUGGGAUCAGGCCUCGCAAUCAUGCAAUCAUCCUUGGGCGGUGUAUGGAAAAUGCGGUACGGCAUCUGGACCAAGUGGACAACAGGGGCAACCAGGUCAACCCGGCCAACCAGGACAGCCUGGACAACCGGGUCAAUCAGGCCAGCCCGGUCAAGGGCAGCCAGGGCAACCAGGACAACCCGGUCAACCUGGCCAAUCAAGUCAGCCAGUACAACCCGGUCAACCGGGCCAACCAGGUCAACAAGGUCAGCCAGGUCAAGGGCAACCCGGGCAACCAGGACAACCCGGUCAACUUGGCCAACCAGGACAACCCGGUCAACCAAGUCAGCCUGGACAACCCGGUCAACCGGGCCAACCUGGCCAACCAAGUCAGCCAGGACAACCCGGUCAACCUGGCCAACCAGGUCAACCAGGUCAGCCAGGUCAAGGGCAACCAGGACAACCCGGUCAACCUGGCCAACCAAGUCAGCCAGGACAACCUGGCCAACCAGGUCAACAAGUUCAGCCAGGUCAAGGGCAACCAGGACAACCAGGACAACCCGGUCAACCGGGCCAACCAGGACAACCCGGUCAACCUGGCCAACCAAGUCAGCCAGGACAACCCGGUCAACCUGGCCAACCAGGUCAACAAGGUCAUCCAGGUCAAGGACAGCCAGGGCAACCAGGACAAGCCGUUCAACCUGGCCAACCAAGUCAGCCAGGACAACCCGGUCAACCGGGCCAACCAGGUCAACAAGGUCAGCCAGGGCAACCAGGGCAACCCGGUCAACCUGGCCAACCAGGACAAACCGGUCAACCUGGCCAACCAAGUCAGCCAGGACAACCUGGUCAACAAGGUCAACCUGGCCAAUCAGGAAACCCGGUCAACCAGCGGCAGCUCAGAGACAACCCGGACCAGCCAGGGAAGCCGAUCCAGGCCAAGCUAACCCAAUCAGGGACAUUUGUCAUGACAGAACGUUUUCCUGAUGAAAAACAACUGUGCAAAAGUUUUAUCGUGUACGUAAAAGGAAGAACGCUUUUCUGGUGUAUGGAGUUUAAUCGGAAUAAUAGGUAUGAUGCAGGCCUCGCAAUCACAAAUCACUUGGGCGGUGUUUGGAAAAUGCGUACGGCAUCCUGGACCAAGUGGACAACAGGGCACCAGGUCAACCCGCCAACAGGACAGCCUGGACAACGGUCAAUAGGCACAGCUCCGGUCAAGGGCAGCCAGGGCAACAGGGACAAGCGGUGA